AUGGAAGAUGACGAGCUAAUGGAAUUGAAUAUUGUACCAAAUAAAACUGGUAAGCCAAAGGUAACAUUCAAGAAGAAAGUUUUAGAUACAUCCAACCUCAGGGCCAGGAGUCGACAACCGAUAUUCGAGAAUGAUAGGAUCAACAAUAUGGAAACUGAGGAAGAGAAGGUGAAAAAGGAGGCAGGCGGGGAAGGCGGUGAACUUGAUAAACCUUCUGCUUUGGUGAUACCCACGUAUAAGAAGAAAGAAUCCUUUAGCGCAAUGAAUAAACGACGAAUUGAUAUAUCAAAGUAUGUGACAAUAGACACAGAUAAAGAGAGAGAGAAUGUGUCAAGAGGAGAAGAGACAGAAAGACUUGACUUGCUAGAGCUUGACGAAGAAGAUCCCGAGAAUAAUCCGGUGAUUGCGAACUUGGACGAAUUCGAUUUGACUAUACGACAAACCCUCAAACCGCCGCUGCCAACACCACCACCACUAGCUCUUAAUUCUAAGAAAUAUGUUCCUAUACUGUCUCCUAGUUCUAUGCCUCGAACGUCUGCUAGAACAUAUAUGAAAGAGUUAUCUGAGGAGUACAAGAACGAGAAUAACUACGAUGAUGGAACUGGAGGAGACUUGGAGUUGAGGAAACAUGGUCUAGAAAUAGACGAUGAAGAGCACGAAGUUAAUGAAUUGAGCGAUAAUGAUAUGGGGGUGCUAAAAAUGCCGAAUAUAGAUUUCGAAAACAAGUUCAAUAGAGAAAUCCAAAGUGAUGAUGAUGAGAAGGCGGAGGAGGCGGAGACUAAUGGCCAGGGGCGGUUCAAAGAGGUUGUUAUAUACACAAUUGAAGAACAAAUUGAGAACCUUUCAAAGAAGUUGGAAGAAGCAGUUUCAAGGAAACGACAAGUUGAUCAAAGAAAACAGGAGAUUCUUGAUCAGAAACGGCUAAUUGGUCAAAGUAGACAAAACUUGUACGAAAAAUUGCGCAACAUCAAUAUCAAUUGA